GAGUGUGUGUGAGUACAGAUACGCUGAGAACUUCACAGUCACCGAACUGCGAGAUAACCGAACUUUAAAAGGAUAUAAUAUUCAGGAGAGAAACAAAAUGUUGUGUGUGAGGAAUUCGGGUGACUGCUUCAGGGACCAGAUGCGGUACAUGAUACGAUCGAUGCAAGACCUGAAGAAGCUGCAGGAGCCCGGUGAACCAAAGAAAUGCUCAUAUGCAGUGACACGAGCUUGCCAUCGGAGAGCACAACAGCGGGAACGCCUGGCUCGUCUUCGGAUCUCCCAGUCCAGCGAUGGCAGCACUUACGACUCGGCUUGCUGUUUGGCGAGUCCAUUAGAGGAAGAGCAGGAUGAGGAAGAUGCAGUCGGACAUCUGCCUCAAGGUUCGCCUUGUAGUGAACAGAGUGUAGACUUCGAUUCAGGAUAUUCUGAGGCUUCUUGGCAGGAUGAGGGUGUGGUCCUGCGGCGGACAAGGAAUGUCCGCGUUUCAUCCUCUGCCUGUGUCCGCACUAACCGCAUUCGUCCCAAAUCGACCUCUGAUGCGUGCCUGGAACGCUGGACGUCAUUUGAGGCUAGUGGACCUGAGGACUGGACCACAUCCCUGUUGACAAGAGGCCGCAACAGGCAGCCUCUCGUGCUGGGAGACAACAGCUUUGCAGAUCUCAUUAAAAACUGGAUGGACCUUCCUGAGUGUCCUGACGUGGCUGAUUUAAAGCCCAACCCAAGCAGCAAACUAGCCAAAGACUUUCUGGUUAACGUGAGACGGAAACUAGCUAUCAUGUCCAAAGGAAUAGAAGGAAGAGGAAAGUCUGCAGAACCUUGCACAAAGAGGAUGUCAUGUCCUGUUGGGUUUCAGAUUCCAAAGCCCUUCUUUCACCAGUCACACACUGGGCUGCAUCAGCUGGAAACAGACUUUUACCAGUUCAGUGCCCUCAUGAAGAGUGGAAGCAGACAGCCUAUUAUAUGCAAUGACAUUAUUGGCUAUAUCUGAGGCCUCCCUAUAACUACAUAAGGACUUUGAGACAGGAUGAGAAUGUGCAGAAUUUUUUUUUUUUUUAUAAAAGUAUGUGUAAAUAACAUGUGAAGUAAAA